AUGGUGCUGGAAGAAGUGAGAGCGGCAGUCUGGUUCAAAUUGAUCCGUUCUCUGAAGAAAAAGGUUCUUCUAAAUAAUUUUUUCGGGCAGCCGUUUGCUGGGUUUGAUGAUCUAGAGAUGGAUCAAGAAGGAAACUUCUACCUAAGAGACUCCAAAUCAGGAUGGGGCCGUGAAAUCGCCAACUUCACCCCUCCAACCAAUCCAUCGAUCUACUUCGUCAGGAGCUUAAUAAUGCAGUCGAAGGUUAUCUGGACAACAGAAGUCAACAAAAAUGGAGUAUUCAUCUCUCCAGAUGGGAAAACGCUCUACAUUCCGGAUACGGGCGUCUCCAAUUUUCGACCCUCAAACAAGAACCCUUACGGCAAACGAGUUUUAUGGGCAUUCAACAUGUCCUGA